AUGUCGGAAAGUGACCAGACGAUCUUCUCAAGCUUGGAGGUAGGUGCCUUCAAACAAGCUUUACAGCUAGUUAAAAAGAAGCAGAAGAAGUUCCCCAAUUCCUCCUACUACUAUGCCUUGGAAAGCUACGUACUGUGGUCAAGUGGGGACAUCACCAAAGCGAUUGCCGUAGCUGAAGACUUAGCUUCCAAGAUUCCCAGUGAUCCAGAUACAUUAAGGCUUUUGAAGGAGGUUUACAAGAGUUCUGGUCGUGACUUCAACCUUUUGUAUGAGAAUGCUUUGAGAAAAUAUUAUAAUGAGAACCUUUUAGAGAGUUGGUUUCAUUCAAAUAUUGAUGAUUUUGAUAUUUCGGGGUUACAAAAGGCUGGAAUGCUUUAUGGUAAACAAAAUAAAAGGGAGUCUAAACUGUUGAAUGCAUUCACAUUACUAUUAGCUUCAGACUUGGAUAGGAUAUCUCCAGCACAUAAAAGGCUAUUCCCAAUGUUAGGAGUUAAAGUCAUGGAGGCUCUAUUCCCCCUCGGUAACGCCCAAGAAGUAUUCAUUUACGCCAAGUUGGCCAUGUCAUGCAGAAUGUAUAAUGAAACAGCCAACGUGGUCUCAUCAUUCCUGGCCAAAGAAUCUGACCUUGAACUGCAAAUCAUUUUGCUUGAAAGUUUACUUCUCGCUGAAAACUGGCAAGGUCUCUUCGACACAACAAAAAAACACAUUUUAUCAGGGCUUGAUGAUUGGAAUGUUUGGCAAAAAUUUGUUGACUCCGGUUUGAAGUUGGGGCUCACGGAAACCGUGGCUGAAACUAUUGGCGGUUUCAAAGUAUCCAGGAAUACCCUUUUAGCAACGAUCUAUUUGAACAAUACGUUAGGAAAUGAUAUAACGGAUGCAAUUAUCGCCUAUUCACUUCAUUUUAUUGACAAGAGUUCCUUCUUUCCUGACCUGAAAACCUAUGCAUCCUCAUCAAGAUUAGACCUGACUAGAGUUUUCAGUCAAGUAGACCCUGAUGAUUUAAAAGCAGAUAAUGCCAGUUCGUUGAUUAAGCUGGUGAACAUCACAAAACUGAAACUUUUAAUGGGGGUGAAACCCCCUACAUUUCAGGACAACAUUAGUUCCUUUUCAAAAUUUGCCAAUUUAUUGGACAACAAAUUGGACACAGAUUAUUUUCCAGCGGACGAGUUUUUGUUAUUAGGUGUUCAACAACUGUUGUCUGCAGAUACGUCGCUUUCCACUGUCAUAAAAUGUAUCAUCAUAUUAGAGAACAAUGUUCAGAUGGAUAAACAUGAAUUCCACCUCCGACUGUGGCUAAUCAAAUUGUAUUCAGCAAUCAAUUGUUAUUCUCUUGCCAAAACCCACUUUGAUAGCCUGAGUACAAAGUUUGUCCAAUUGGACACUCUUGGCCAUUAUUUAACGGAAAGAGUGUCAGCUCUGAAUCCCAACAAAUCUGGAGCUGAUGAUUUGGAACACUUUUGUUCCGUUUAUUAUCAGGCCGAGGUCCAAACGGUUCAUUUCAUUAAAGAUGGAUUUGAAAAAGGAUCAUAUAAUAAAAUUCAGGGAAUGAUAGAAUUUGCUGCAAGAUUGAAUAAUUCAUUAAGCUUUCUGUUGAGCAAUAUUGAGAAAGCAAAACUUGCACGUCUUCUAGAGAAGAAAAAUCUACUUGAGCAAUCACUAAAGCAUUUGAAUGAAAAAUUACCACUCUUGACACGGUCUGACAAGAUCAAUGAUGUUGAUUGCACCAUUUCUGAUAACAGAGAUUUUAACACUCUUUGGGACUUUGGAACGCAAAAGGUUAAUGAUGACAUUGUUCAAAAUGAGUUUAUAUUCGGCAAACAUCAUUCUGUCAAGUAUGCACAUAUUUUCUCACUUGAAGAGCUCAUAUUGUCUAAGAAUUCUGAAGAAAUUAUCUCGCAGCAUCUCAGGCAAUUGUGUUUACUACUUGAUGAUGCCGACUACCUUACCGAAUUGACAGAAGAUGAAUUGUGGUCACUUAAGUUUCUCACUAGUGCCAUUGACUACGUGUUGAAUCAUAAUAACAACUCAUUCAAAGAAGCAGAGAAAUUGGUUCAAAAUAUCCCUUCUCAGUCUGAAAGCUUACUUAAUUGGAAAUUUAAUCAUCACCACGUUGUCAUACUGAAUACUUUCAAGGCUUUCAAAAAUUUUACACUAAAACAUAAAACUAUAAAAGAGGUAACCCUGAACUGUCAGCUACUUCUCAAAACACUGAAACAAAGGAUAGACCAACUUAGAGAACAGGCACUGUCUUUGCCUACCCGUUCUCGUGCAGAAACUAACGCAUUAGCCGAUGAAGCGGAGGCCUGGGUCAAUGAUUCAUGUAAGGAACAAAGCUUCUCCACGGAUGCCAAGAAGAUUCUAAAUAACAUUUACGAAUCCAACUCGAAAGCUUUGGCAUGUUUAAGAACUCUAUAA